GGUGUGAGUGAGUGACAGGUGUAGAUAAGGGAACGCACACGACCCUGAGUGUAAGUAUAUAACCAGGUGUGGGCGGCAGGUGAGGCAGAGCUCCCGGCAACGCUCAUCCUUCACCAUGAAGACUCUCCCGCUUCUCUUCGCCGCCCUGGCCUCCCUCGCCCUCACAGAGGGCGUGAUGGUGUGCUACUACGGGUCGUGGGCCGUGUACCGCCAAGGCGACGGCAAAUUCGACGUGGAGGACAUCGACCCCGCCAUCUGUACUCACUUGAUCUUUGGCUUUGCUGGCCUGGGGUCCGACAACAAGAUCAAGGUGCUGGACCCUUGGAACGAGCUCUGUGACAACUACGGCAAGUGUGCGUUCGAUCGCUUCACGGCGCUCAAGAAGAAGAACACGAACCUGGUGACGCUGCUGGCUGUGGGCGGCUGGAACGAGGGCUCUGCAAAGUACUCCAGCAUGGCAUCGAGCGCGGCCACCAGGAAGAUCUUCGCGGACUCCUGCGUCGAAAUGCUGAAGGAACACGACUUCGAUGGUUUGGAUCUCGACUGGGAGUACCCGACCCAGCGUGGAGGCGCCCCCGAGGACAAGGCCAACUUCGUGCUCCUCCUGGAAGACCUCAAGGAAGCCAUGCACGCCAACGGGAUGAUGCUGAGUGCCGCUGUGUCCGCCGGCAAGGCCACCAUCGACGAGGCUUAUGACAUCCCCGGAGUGGCCGCGAACCUCGACCUCAUGAACCUGAUGUCCUACGAUCUGCACGGCGCCUGGGACCCUUACACGCACCACCAGUCCGGCCUCUACGCCCACCCCGAUGACACCGGCGACAACGUGUAUCUCAACCAGGACUUCGCCAUCAACUACUGGAUCGACGGUGGAAUGCCUGCAGAAAAGAUUGCCCAGGGAGUUCCUCUGUACGGGCGAUGCUGGACUCUGACCAGCGCCGACGACACCGGUUACUACGCCACCGCCACCCAGCCCGGCAUUGCAGGACCCUACACAAGAAGCCCCGGAUUCCUCGGCUACAAUGAGAUCUGCGAGGCCAUUACGACCCGCGGCUGGACGGUUGUGAACGACCCUGCCAUGCACGAGCCCUACGUCUACAGCAUCACGGACAACAGAAUUUGGUGCUCUUACGAUGACGAGGCCUCAGUGACGACCAAGGCCCUGUACGCCAAGGAUCACGGGCUAGCCGGCAUGAUGGUUUGGAGUGUUGAGACCGACGAUUUCUUGGGCAAGUGUGGCCGCGAGUUCAACCUGAUCAAGACCAUGGUGGAGACCUUCACUGGCACCGACAUCACGCCGCCCCCGACCCAGUCCACGACCACCAGGGACCCCAGCGAGACCACUCCGUCCCCCAUCACCAAACCCCCCACCCCACCCCCCGAAGGCGUCUGCAGCAAGCCUGGCAUCAACGCUGAUCCCGACGACUGUCAUCACUACUGGCUCUGCGCACAGAACGUCAACGGCGGGUACGAUGCUACGGAAGAACCCUGCGCCGACGGAACACUCUUCAACCCCGAGUCCUUCAUCUGCGACUGGGAUUACGUCGUCUGCGCUCUCCCCAACACUUGCGUCAACGACUGCCCCUAAACGACACACGCCUACACACAUACACGCACACACACUAACACAGACGUCGAGGCACAUACAUACACGAGAGAGUACGUGCUUUCAUACGCAUAGUAGCACACAUACAUGGUAAUACGUGCACCUUAGAGACACAGAGGAACGCACACACAUACACAUAAGCUUACCACUCAGGCUGAACGCAGAUGCACACGGACAUACGCACACACAACACCACAAACACCACCAUCGUAACUGUACCUCCAAAAACUUAAGUCUCCCCUGUUUUCAUAUUCCACGGCUAAAAAAAACAAGAAAUCAAUGACAAACUGAAAUUAGAGAAAGAAAACGAGUUGAUUGUGAUUAAGUAGUGACCAUUACGAGAUUUGGUGGUGGUUGUGGUGGUUGGGAGGAGUUACAGCAGGGAAAGAAAUAUAAAGCAUUGAAAAUAAGUACAGAGAUAAAGAAAGUUAAAAAAGUGUCUUAGAUGAAUAACUGAAAAUAAUUGGAAGUCCCGGGGUGAAAAAAAAAAUAUAAAAAGCAUUGGAGAUAAGUACAAAAAAAGUUAAAAGUGCCUUAGAUAAAUAAUAGAGAAGAAAUAGAAGUUAAGAUUAUAUAGAAGCGGGAGAGCGAGACAGCCCACGAUAUGACGAAAAUUAGUCAAAUUAGGAAAAAGAAAUUGUCCGUAUAGAUUCAAAUAUACGACUUUUUUUGUUCCUUCAAUAAAUUGCAAAAAAUAUA